AUAUAUAUAUAUUCCACGUUAGAAUUAGCAAGCAUAGUCAUUAGAAAUUGCGCUGGUUAAUCAACAAGUAGCAAUGAAUGAUAAAUUCAUAGCAUUACUUUUGGUCGUCCUUUGCUGCGCUCUUACGGUGCAUCAAGUGUCAGCCGAAGUACCAUCACAUUGUACUUUACCAUUGGACCCGGGCCAGUGCAGAGCUUAUAUCCCCAGAUUCGGAUACAGUGUAGAUAUGCGUCAAUGCAUACAAUUUAUAUAUGGAGGUUGCUUUGGAAACUCGAACAAUUUCGAAAAUCUGGAAGAUUGUCGACGAUCAUGCUUAGUUUAAAAAUGUUAUACACGAAAGAAUCUCUGCUAUUGUCAACAACAAGGGCGUAAUACCAAACCAUCAAUUCGGCCUUCAAAAAAGAAUACGAUACCAUUGAGGAAAAUCAUCGUACGAUUCAACAAAUUCUCUGAUCAGAAGAAAAGGAAUAUUGUUCGACAUUCUUUGGUACAACGCAAUUUGGUACAAUGGAUUACUCUCUAAACUACGACGUCUUCUACCUAUUCGAUUAUACACACUAAUCACAUGUUACAUUGAAAAUACAUAGUUCUAUGUAAAAGUUGAAGACACUAGCUCUGAUAUCAGUUCUAUUAAAGCCUGUUUGUUUAUAUCAGGGAUGGAAUUGUCAGACCCUAAAAUUCUUAGUCUGUUCGCAGAGAAAGUACUAUAAGAACUAUGCACCUGUCUCGUUUAAAUAUUACCACGUACAGAUGCUUAUAGCUGUUAUCUCGACUCGCUGAGCAAACUAUAGACAUUCUUACACAUUCGAACAUCGUGUAUGUAUAAUGUUAUGUAUAAUUGAUAUAUAUCAAAUACAAUUAAUGUUGAUACCAAUGGCAUUACGUCUCAGCGCAGCGGGAUACAGCAUUUUCCAAUAAAAUUAGUGAAAUGCGCUGUCACAUGGUAUGGGAAACAUGUAAGGACUAAUGAGGGUGAACCAGUAGGAUUAUGUAUUAAGUAACAUUGAAUUAUUGUGUAUACAUCGUUCAUUUCCAAUUCGACGACUAACUCUGUAUUAUAUGCAUAUAGUGAUUUUGCAAAAAAAUUAUGAAGAGAAAAUUAUGAGUAUUUAGUAACUUCAUAUCAAUAAACAUCUUGUGGUCAAUUUUA